GCCUGGCCGGCGUGCGCGCGCACACCCGGCCAGCGUGAGCGCGCCCGGUGGGUGGGUGGGUGCAGGCAGCGAGUGUGUGUGUGUGUGUGCGUGCGCGCGCGCGCCCGGCCGUCACUUCCGGCAGCGAGUUGGGUUGCGGAGUCGCGGUGACGGAGGGCCCGUCGAGGAGACGGAGGGUCGCAGGGGCCCCGAGGCAGCGCCGAAACCCCGCCGCCAGCAGCUCCCGGGACGGCCGUCGCCCGGCUUCUCCUUUUAUUUUUUUUAAAAAUAUUUUUUCCUCUCUCUCCGCCUUGAGGGGGAAGUGUGUGUGUGUGUGAGGAGAGCGAGGGGGGGUGGGGGCAACGCCACCAGCAGCCGCAGCCGCCCGCCCACCAGCUUCAGCCGUCGAGCGUCGGCCGGCUCUCCCCCGAAGGAUGGGAAACGCUGCCACCGCCAAAAAAGGCAACGAGAUCGAGAGCGUGAAAGAGUUCUUAGCAAAAGCCAAAGAAGAUUUCUUAAGAAAAUGGGAAAGUCCACCACAGAACACUGCAGGCCUAGAUGAUUUUGAAAGGCAAAAAACACUUGGAACGGGUUCUUUUGGAAGAGUUAUGUUGGUGAAACAUAAAGGCACAGAACAGUACUAUGCCAUGAAGAUACUGGAUAAACAAAAAGUUGUCAAACUGAAGCAAAUAGAACACACGCUCAAUGAGAAGAGAAUAUUGCAAGCAGUUAAUUUCCCAUUUCUGGUGAAAUUGGAGUAUUCCUUCAAGGACAACUCUAAUUUAUAUAUGGUGAUGGAGUACGUGCCAGGCGGUGAAAUGUUUUCGCAUCUUAGAAGAAUUGGAAGGUUCAGUGAACCUCAUGCACGGUUUUAUGCAGCCCAGAUAGUCUUGACUUUUGAGUACCUCCAUUCGUUAGACCUCAUCUACAGAGACCUGAAGCCUGAAAACCUUUUAAUUGACCAACAAGGGUAUAUCCAGGUCACAGAUUUCGGUUUCGCAAAAAGGGUAAAGGGCAGAACUUGGACACUUUGUGGAACACCAGAAUACUUGGCACCAGAGAUUAUUCUCAGCAAGGGCUAUAACAAAGCAGUAGAUUGGUGGGCACUGGGGGUUCUAAUCUAUGAAAUGGCAGCUGGAUACCCGCCAUUCUUUGCAGACCAGCCGAUACAGAUCUAUGAAAAGAUCGUCUCUGGAAAGGUACGGUUCCCUUCUCACUUCAGUUCAGACCUGAAAGACCUGUUGCGAAAUUUACUUCAGGUGGAUCUGACCAAACGAUACGGGAAUCUCAAAAACGGUGUGAAUGACAUCAAGAACCACAAAUGGUUUGCAACUACAGAUUGGAUUGCCAUUUACCAGAGGAAGGUGGAAGCUCCAUUCAUACCAAAGUGCAGAGGCCCAGGUGACACCAGCAAUUUCGAUGAUUAUGAAGAGGAGGACAUCCGUGUCUCUUUAACUGAAAAAUGUGCUAAAGAAUUUGCUGAUUUUUAGAGAGAGAAAGAGACCAUCAGGGCUUGUAUUGGGAUCUUUGCACUCUGCUAACAGAUGGGGUGGAGCUGAAACCAUCUUACUCGUCGAAACAAUUACCUAGUUUCUUCAUUCCACGUGGCUGAGAUCCUCCUUGCCAUAGUUCAUGUGAGCAGUUAGCACAGCCCUCAUACACAGGCACAUUUACUCAGAGCACUACCUGUGCUGCAACACAAAAAACUUAGACCACUUUCUUAUUGUUUCCUUCCCUCCUCUUUGUUCUACAGCCGCUGCCUUUGUGUCAUGUAGUUUGUUCCCCCACCUCCCCCCCCCCACCUUCCCCUUUUUAAAAUAAAAAAAAGGCAAUUUGCAGAGAGUGAAACAUUUUGUUUAAAUGUAAAGAUAGAGCAAGUGUUUCAGGAUUUUUUUUUGCACUUGGUGUGAGUUAGCCCAAAGUGAAAGCUGAACAUUGCUUCUAGUGCUUGCCAGCCACAACUCCUGUCUGUUAUGUCUGAGAGGUCACAGUUGUAGAACACCUUAACCUUGUAGAAGUUAACAAUCAGACUCCUGGAGCCUAGACAGCAUCUUUGACAUCCUUUUCUUUUUUUUGGAAGUAGAAUUGUUCUGUGCAUUUAUAUAUAGACUGAACGAAAGCAAUUCUCCUGGACAGGACCAAAAUGAAGUAGAAUUUAAUUGGAUGGUUGGAGCAGGGUACACGCAGACUGUGCCUUGAAUACUCCUGUACUGUCAAAUUCAGCUGCACUUCCCAAUUUUUUGUUUUGUACACAUCUGGGCAGGAUCCAGGUCUAACGUUACCGGAUGCUGUAAUCUGCUGCACAUCACCUGGAUAAAGCUGCCAGCGAGGCAAUCUUCAGAACAGCUUUGUCAACCCAUUUUUGUAGCUGUGUUGCACCAGCAUGUCAAACCGUAGUCUGUUUGUGGGUUCGCCCUCCUACACACUUCGAAUUGCGUCGUGUUUAUUAGCAGAUGACGGGCAGGGAGUUGGAUGUGUGGGGGGUGGGUGGGGGAAGGGUGGAAAGGGUUCCAAGCGGUAUACUUCAAAAAGGAAAAACAAAAUAACACAGCAGCACCAGAUACUAACAGGGAAUGGCGAUGUGAAAUAGUCCUCGUCGUGCUGAUUUGACAUCAGAAACCUUAAAUGACAUGGGUGAGUGGUUUUGCAAAUGGAUUCUGUCCCUAGCUGCACCCACGAUAGUGAGCAAAUGCACUAUCUGUGUGUGCAGUGGGCCCGUAGUCCUCUGUUUUUGUCUAAGAUGCUGCAAAAAUAAUGGUGGUCACUGCCAGGAUUGUGUUUGAUUCCAAGGCACACAUUGUGAUGCUAAAAUGAGGUUUGGGCAAAUACUAAACGAUUAAAUCACUCCGUAACUGGCUUUUCAGAAUUAAAAUUUUGAACGCUUUGGUUCAUGCAUUGCAAAAUACUUAACACAGGUAACAACUGCCAUGUUUCCACAAUCUUUACAAUUUUUUUAUAUAUACAUAUAUAUAUAUUUGUUUGUCUCCCUGGGAACAGAUCAUAGAGUUUGCAAGCGUUAGGUUCAGCUACUGGUUAGAUGCAUUGUCAUAUAAUGACAUAAUCUGUUGCUACAGAAAAGACUAGCCAUCACAUACUAGUUAAAACAAUUUUCCUCAUAUCUCAGUGUUGGUAAGUCAUAGAUUAUGGAUUCAGUGGAUCUGUACAUGUUAACAUUUUUAACCAAAUCAUUUUAAUCAAAUUAGUUUUAUUUGUACACUUGUGACACACCAAUUUUGAUCUUUCUUUCGCAUAUAUAUAGAUAGAUGUGUAUUUAUAUGUAUAUAUGUGAAACAAACCUCAAACGGUUUAAAUUGAAAUGGUUUCUUAUGUACAGAGGUAGGCUGGAUUCAGAUUGGUUCCAAUAUUUACAGGAAAGAAGAGCAAUGAGUUUUAAUAAAUCAACUUAAUUUGGCAUAGACCCAGUGUAUUUGCUUGUGUUAGCACUAAAGAGACAUGGACACAAUAUCCUCUUAACCUGAAGGGCACUCGUCGAAGUAAGGCGUUUGUAGACAUUUGCAUUACCAGUAUGAGCUGUAAUAUCAAACAUUUUGUUUGUCGUCUUGGCUGUCAAACAUUUGCACAAUGUCCAUUACGAGGCUGGCACCAACAGCAGUUUUUCAUCCACCCAUAUUUACCUGUAUGUGCAAGGGAAGUAUAAGAUACUUUGCUGUAGCAGAUUUUAUGUAACUAAAGAAAUGUAAGGUCACAUUAAUAAAUUUAAAAGUUCCUUUGUAUGAAAAUGUUAAAAUCUUUUGUAUUUCAUUUAGACUGAGGACAUGCUGUUGUAUGCUAGCUGUAUGCGAUAAAUUCUACAGUAACUUUGUUGUCGUUUAUGGACUUAAAGGUUUUAAUAAACGCUGAAGAUCACA